AUGCGUCGACAUGUUUUGAGGAAUAUUGCUCUCGCCACCUCUGCUGCAUCAACCAUUACGGCGUCUUCUCGUGGAAUCUACACUAUUUGGGGAUCCAUCCCACUUGAGGAAUGGGCGUCAAAGGAGCCGUGGCUUAAACGUCUUACGAAUCAAUCGCACUAUCGUAGCUUUGAGUUCUGGCACGUUCCGGAAGUUGAAACACCAGAAGGUAUUCAACUUUCUCGAGUGGAAAAAUAUUUGCUAAGUUGUAUAGAGGAUGACACCAACCGCCUUAUGAAUAUAAGUUGGACAUAUGACUUUGAUCCAUUCUGGAGAGAUCGUGUUGGUUCUCACAGGAUUCUCUUUGAUAUAUUAUACAGAAGUGAAUACCCUGUAUAUAAGUUUUUCUUUGGUGAUUACUCAAGCAAUGUGGAAGGAAUGAAGUAUAUUGAGAAAAAACUUAACUAUCUCUUAUCUGUACUUCAUUGGGCGACAAGAACAGAGAGACGCUACACAACUAUUGCAAAAGCAAGAUACCAUGUACAACGUAAUGUUUGGAAUGCGCUGGAACGUGAACGUUACUUGGAAGGUUGUGUGGAGGCUGUUGAGUCCUUCAAGAAGAAGAUACCAGCAGAGUUUGCCAGUAAAGCUAUUGGAGAACUUGAGAACGAUCUCACUAACAUGCGGCACUGGGUUUGGGAUUGUCCAAACGCAAAAAGGACAUUUCCACAGUUGUCUUAA